CUCUGUACCUAGCGUCGUCUGCUUCGGAUUGCUAUUCGUUCGUCAAUAAAUUCUAGACAACAAUUGGCCUCUUGUUUUUCCAUUGAUUAGACUUUCGUCUUUAAACAAAAUUGACGAGAAGCACAAUGGAUAUCACUCCCGCCCCAUCUAAUAGAGCAAACCGUUUUAUGUUAGAAGGCGUAGGGACUCGUGUUAUUCGUGGACCUGACUGGAAAUGGGGAAAACAAGAUGGGGGUGAAGGCCAUGUGGGAACUGUGAGAAAUUUUGAAUCUCCUGAAGAAGUGGUUGUUGUCUGGGAUAAUGGGACUGCUGCCAACUAUCGUUGUUGUGGAGCUUAUGAUCUGCGCAAUCUAGAUAGUGCUCCAACUGGCAUUAAACACGAAGGAACAAUGUGUGAUACAUGUCAUCAACAACCCAUAUAUGGGAUCCGAUGGAAGUGUGCAGAAUGCACAAACUAUGACCUGUGUUCAAUAUGUUAUCAUAGUGACAAACACCAUCUUAGACAUAGAUUUUACAGAAUCACAACUCCUGGUACUGAAAGGGUUUUGCUUGAACCCAGGCGAAAAAGUAAGAAAAUAGGAAUCCGUGGUAUUUUUGCUGGUGCACGCGUUGUCCGAGGAGUAGACUGGCAAUGGGAGGAUCAAGACGGCGGAAAUGGCAGACGUGGGAAAGUAACAGAAAUACAGGACUGGUCAGCUGCUAGUCCUCGAUCAGCUUCCUACGUUAUAUGGGAUAACGGUGCUAAAAAUCUCUACCGCGUUGGUUUCGAAGGAAUGGCCGAUCUGAAAGUUGUUAACGAUGCCAAAGGUGGGACGGUCUACAGAGACCAUCUACCACUGUUGGGUGAACAAGGUCCAGGACGUUCUGGCCUUCAUGGAUUUGCUAUUAGUGACCAGGUCAAUGUCGACCUAGAUUUAGAAUUGGUUCAAACAUUACAGCACGGCCACGGGGGUUGGACUGACGGCAUGUUUGAAUGUCUUGGAACAACCGGCACUGUUGUGGGAAUCGACGAAGACCACGAUAUUGUAGUAUCUUAUCCUAGUGGCAAUAGAUGGACGUUCAACCCAACAAUCCUUCGAGUUGUCGUAUCAAGCCCACCGCCGGGAAACUCAAACGUUGACGUUCAAUUGCAAUUUUCUGUUGGGGACCUAGUUCAAAUUUGCAGCGAUCUUGAGCGCAUAAAAAUUUUACAGCGUGGACAUGGCGAAUGGGCAGAAGCCAUGGCACCGACAUUAGGAAAGGUUGGCCGUGUCCAGCAAAUUUAUCACGACAACGAUCUGAAAGUGGAAGUCUGUGGUACAUCCUGGACGUACAACCCGGCAGCUGUGACUAAAAUUGCUUCUGAUGGUUCUUUGCCAGGAGCCAGUAACGGAGAAAACUUAAGUGCUUUGUUAAAGAAGUUGUUUGAAACUCACGUUACUGGAGAUGUUCACGAAGAAUUGGUCAAAGCCGCUGCCAACGGAGACACUCAGAAAGUUGAAGAGAUCCUCAAGCGAGUAGAUGCUGAUGUCAAUGGAGUGUUCGCAGGACACACGGCCCUUCAAGCAGCCAGCCAAAACGGUCAUCUUGAAGUGAUCAAAGUGCUACUGCGGUACAAAGCCGACGUCGAAAUCGAGGAUAAAGAUGGAGACCGUGCCGUUCAUCAUGCGGCCUUCGGCGAUGAGCCAUCCGUUAUGGAAGUAUUGGCGCAAAGUGGAGCGGAUCUCAAUGCCCGUAAUAAACGCCGCCAGACAGCGCUGCACAUCGCCGUCAAUAAAGGCCAUGUCGGCGUCGUCAAAACGCUGCUUGAGCUAGGUUGCCACCCCAGCUUACAGGACUCUGAAGGAGAUACGCCGCUGCACGACGCCAUUUCCAAGAAGCGGGACGACAUGCUGACGCUUCUCAUCGACCACAAUGCCGACAUCACGCUCACCAACAAUAACGGAUUCAAUGCCCUGCAUCACGCCGCUCUGCGAGGCAAUCCAAGUGCGAUGCGCGUCCUGCUGUCCAAAUUGCCACGGCCGUGGAUCGUUGACGAGAAGAAAGACGACGGCUACACGGCCCUCCAUUUGGCGGCGCUCAACAAUCACGUUGAAGUCGCUGAGCUACUUGUCCGCGCCGGCCGGGCUCAACUUGAUUUGCAGAAUGUCAAUUUGCAGACGGCCUUGCAUCUGGCAGUCGAGCGACAGCACACUCAAAUCGUUCGGCUGCUGGUGAGGGAAAACUGCAGCCUCAACUUGGCCGACAAAGAUGGUGACACUCCACUGCACGAGGCUCUACGUCACCACACGCUUUCCCAGUUGCGACAGCUCCAAGAUUUGCAGGACGGCAGCGGGAAAACCUCGACGGCCACGUCCGGUCAUAAUUACUCGCUGCUGAUGGGGCUCGGAACACAAGGUGCCAACAAAAAGUCGUCGGCCUCGAUUGCCUGUUUCCUCGCAGCCAACGGAGCCGACCUGACCAUCAAAAACAAGAAAGGAUUGACUCCUCUGGAUCUCUGCCCGGAUCCUAAUCUAUGUCGGGCGUUGACCAAAUGCUACGGAGAGAAAUCCACGCGUGGCGAGUGCGGUGCUCACGGCGACACGUUAUCACAAGAGAUGGGCGCCGUGGCUUUGGCCGACAUGGCCUGCGACCUCGGCGACACCGCCGACGAGUGCAUGGUCUGCUCGGACCUGAAACGUGACACUUUAUUCGGACCUUGCGGUCACGUCAAUUGCUGCUCGGCCUGCGCUCCUCGCGUCAAGAAAUGCCUCGUCUGCAAGGAUCCCAUAACGACCCGCACCAAGAUUGAAGAGUGCGUCGUGUGCUCGGACAAGAAGGCGUCCGUGCUGUUCCGUCCCUGCGGCCACAUGUGCGCCUGUGAUGGCUGCGCCGCUCUCAUGAAGAAGUGCGUCCAAUGUCGCUCGCAAAUCGAUCGCGUCAUCCCCUACGUUGUCUGCUGCGGCUUGAACAACCAGGCCAGCCUCUCGCCCGGCUGUCGUAGCCCGAUCAGCGCCGAAAUUGGCCGUCCGGCAGGGAUUUCACCCCAGGAGGGACCGAUGAUGAAUAACGGAUGUCGAGAUAACAGCAACACGGACGUCCAGAAGCUCCAGCAGCAGCUCCAGGAUAUCAAAGAACAAACGAUGUGUCCGGUCUGCAUGGACCGAUUGCGCAACAUGAUCUUCCUCUGCGGUCACGGAACGUGCCAAAUGUGCGGCGAUCGCAUGUCCGAGUGCCCGAUCUGCCGGAAGGCAGUCGAAAAACGCAUCCUGCUCUACUAGACUUAGGACGGUACACAAUUAUUAGAGACGAGAGAGUCGUUCUUAUUGGCGACAAUACGUGAUGGAAUCAUUU